GAAACUGAAACUAGCGAAGCGCUGAAUAGCUGAGCGAACAACAUCAAAAAGGUUUGACACAGUAUUUCCUUGGGAUACUGGCAAACUCACUGUACUCAUAAUAGCUCUCAGCACCAAGUUCCAGGUCUUUUCUGAUCGACUCAAUGAAGAGAUGGAUAGGACACUCAUUAGUCACCGAACUGCAUCACAAGGCCAAUCCUAACUUUGAAUCCUCAUGUCCAAAGGAAAAGAGAUAGACCAAAGAACACAAUGCGCUGAUACUUAGAGACAGACCUGAAGCGAAUGAAUAGCUAUUGCUUAGAACUGGAAAGGUGAGCGAACAGAGUUGGUUGGUGAAUGCUGGUUGGCGGCCUGUGCUUCAUUGAGAGUAACGCGUCAGUAAGUGAAGCAUGUGAAUUAAGUUGCCUAAGAAUAAAUCCCCUAUUUUCUAUUGUUAAACUGCUUACAUUUUUGUCUGUCACACUCAUUUUUGUACUAUUUCAUUUCUUUCAUAGGUAUCUACGUUUCUAUCUUUUCGAUUUAUUCGCUAAUGGUUUCUCAUCGAAAUCGCAUCCAUCCAAAACGAAUUGUCCAGAUGGAAUAGUUGUCAAACCACCGAAAAUUCCGCUUCCAUCUAAAAGACAAGUGAAGAAAUUAGCUCAACUAAUAAAACUCGCUGAAAAACCAAUUCUACUUAUUGGUAGUCAAGCUGUUUUACCUCCAGUUCCUGCCAAAGAGACAGCCGUUCAUGUUCAAACCGUUGGGAUACCGACUUACAUGUCAGGUAUGGCUCGUGGUCUUCUUGGUCGAGACCACCAACUUGCAUUUCGUCAUUGCCGUCGUACUGCACUUCGUGAAGCUGAUCUAAUUAUUCUAGCAGGUGCCAUUUGUGAUUUUCGACUAGAUUAUGGUCGUGUGCUGAAUCGAAAAGCCAAAAUUGUUGUGAUUAAUCGGAAUAAGAAAAAUUUAUAUCUUAAUGCUGACUAUUUUUGGCGACCAUAUUUAACCAUUCAAGCUGAUAUUGGCACAACUCUAAAAGAUUUAUCAUGUGAAUUACAGAAUGUCACUAAUGAACUACACUGUUCCACGGAAUGGUUAGGUAUUUUAAAUGCACGUGAAGUAAAACAGAAUGAAGAAAUUAAACUGAGUUGUCAGUUAGAAGGUGGUGAGCAUAGUAAUCCACUUUCCAUUCUCUGGAAAUUAGAGCAUUAUGGUCUACCAACUGAUUCAUCUGAAGAUAGUAUUAUUAUCGCUGAUGGUGGUGAUUUUGUAGGAUCAGCAGCAUAUAUUGUACGUCCAAGACAACCGUUAUCAUGGUUAGAUCCUGGACCAUUUGGAACGUUAGGUAUUGGUGGAGGAUUUGCAUUAGGUGCUAAAUUAUGCCGCCCAAAUGUAGAGCAAAUUAGAGUAAUUUGGGUUUGUACAUAUGACAGAUCCGAUUCCCAUAUUCAAAACACAUAUUUUGGAGUUCUGAGUUGUAAGACUCCGCUUAGAAGAUAUUAA